GAGCCGCUGUCCGUGUCUUCCGGUGUCCCCGCCCUUGGGUUGAGAAGUGAGACGCGAGCGCUGCACUGUUGGAUCUCAGGGAAUAUCUGGACUUUCUCUCGUCACUUUCUGUUGUCCUCAGGUCCCACAGAGGAGCUCGUGGUGUGGCUGCAGUUUAGACCAGUUUAGCUCAAGCCCAAACCUGCACCGUCAUGGCUUUAGACUUCAAGAAAGACCUGGGAAAAUACAAAGACCUGGAUGAAGAUGAAAUCCUCGGAAAACUGUCUGAGGAAGAACUCAAACAACUGGAGUCUGCGCUGGAGGAGAUGGACCCAGAGAACGCGCUGCUCCCGGCUGGAUUGCGUCAGAAGGACCAAACGUCCAAACAGCCCACGGGCUCGUUCAACAGAGAAAAACUCCUCAAAUAUCUGGAGAAAGAGGCCAUGGAGUACAAGGACCGUGACGACAUCGUACCCUUCACCGGGGAGAGGAAAGGUAAAGUUUUUGUCCCGAAGCAGAAACCAAUCGAAACGCGCCAUGAAGAGGUCACGACCCUCGACCCAGAAAUAGAGGAAGCCUUAUCCAGCGCCACAGACACAGAACUGCGUGAUCUGGCAGCGAUCCUGGGAGUUCAUACUCUGGCCACCAGUAAUCAGACAUACGACGGCAGUAGCAGCAAGGAGGGCUACAACAAUGUGGUCAAAGGAGAGAAAAUGACCCCAGUUUUCGAUGAGCCUCCAAACCCCACGAACGUCGAGGAAACUCUGCAGAGGAUAAAAAACAACGACAGCACUUUAACAGAAGUCAACCUCAACAACAUCAAGAACAUUCCUAUUCCCACAUUGAAAGACUUGGCCAAAGCCAUGGAGACCAACACGCACGUCACGAAGUUCAGUCUGGCAGCGACGCGGAGCAACGACCCCAUCGCCGUGGUGUUCGGUGAGAUGCUGAGGGAGAAUAAGACGUUAAAAAGUUUGAAUCUUGAGUCAAAUUUCAUCACAGGAGCUGGGGUCAAAGCUCUGGUGGAAGCGCUACGAGACAACGACACGCUCACAGACAUCAAAAUAGACAACCAGAGGCAACAGCUCGGCACGACUAUAGAGAUGGAGAUCGCUAAAAUGUUGGAAGAAAACCACACAAUAAUAAAGUUUGGAUACCACUUCACUCAACAAGGACCAAGAUCCAGAGCCGCUGCAGCCAUCACCAAGAACAACGAUCUGAUCCGCAGGAGGCGAGUGGAGGGCGAUCUUUGAGCACCACCUCUUCUUCAUCUCGUCGUUCGUUUCAGCCAUCGCUCUCAUCAUCUCACUUUGUGCCAAACCGCGGAGCGUCGGCACGUGGGUCGGAAAACAAGGGAAAAACUGGAAACGCCCUGUCCAUACUUUGUGUUUAUACCUUUGUUUAUUUUGAUUUGUAUGUUGUUUUUGCUGUAAAAACCUUUAGUUUUUUAUUUAGUCGUUUUCAUUUCAUCUGCCCCUUAUCAAGCCUUCAAGAUGAUCUGUCCGUUUUUAUAUAUUUUGCUGUAAUCUUGGGAAAUGCGUAGGGAUGUCCCGAUCCAGUUUUGUUGGCUCCCAAUCCGAUACAGAUUUUUUAGACAUUUGCAGUUGCCUAUAACAAUCAAAUAUCACGCUCAUGCUGAUACCGAUUUUCUCGUUAUUAAUGAUUUUAUUUACACCAUUUGGGCUGUGCCUUCAUAAAUAAUUAAGUUAAGCUAAGUGUUACCAGAUAUAAAAAGGUCUAAUUGUCUUAAACUCCUCCAUAGCAGCUUCAGAACAUAGUGACAGAGACAUGAGGUGAUGUUUAGUCUCAGUGUGACUAAAGGAAGUGUGUUUUCCACCAUAUUAUUUACGUUUGAGGCUUGUAAAAAGAGCAACCCUGCAGGAAGCACAUGGCUACUUAACAUAUGUAAACAAGUUAGCAAUGGCCCUGCUCCUCCACCCAAUUUCUUCAUUAAGACAUUGCAGAGGUAAAACAAAUACUAUCUCUGCCAUUGAUGAUGUUUUUAGCUGUUUUAGAUCCUCCUCAGUAUCAGUUUAAGCUGCUCUCGGUGUUAGCUGUUAGCAUUAGCAGUGUGCAGAGGACGCUAUUCGCUGUAUCGGCCCGAUCUAUUCACCAAAACCGAUCCACGCGAUGCUCGAAAAUGCCUAGAUCCGUGGCCGAUACGGAUACCAAUAUUGGAUCGGGACAUCACUAGAAAGAAGUAAGAAAAAAAAUACAAAAUAUAUCAGCUCUAUGAUUUAACUAAUAUAAAUGAAUGCGUUUGAAUGGGUCACUUGCAUUGAUUUAAACUGGUGAUUGUUUUGUGUUCUACCACUGUACUGAACAACAAGCUCCCCCCAUCGAAAAUAUACUGUACUGUAUGCCAUGUAUGUUUCAAUGUAUGUUUUGAAGUGGCUAAUAAUGUAAUUUAUCAGACAAAAUUUGGGUUGCUGAUUUCAUUUGAGCCAUUUGAAAUCUUCACAAUAGACUGGACAAGAGCCUCAUGAAUUAUUUAAAGGGAUAGUGCGGUCUUAAAGGGGUUGUCUGAGGUAAUAAGCAGAUAAUUAUAUUCUUUUUAUGUCAGCAAAUAUAAGUAAAGGUGUAGAGAAGCAGACAGGAGGUUACAUGGACUAUUAGCAGUGCCGUGUUGUUGUGCAUUAGGUCCAUUUAAAUUUUGACUCAAAUGUAAAGUCUUUUUUUAACGUUCUGUUUAUAAGAUGGAGGAUAUGUCUGUCUGCUAUCUUUAGAAAACAUAUUUUAAAAACUCCUCAGGUCAUAUUUGAGGCCUAAACCAAGUAGGACAAAGGUCUAAAUUGGCCUAGAUUGCUCUAAAAUAGACUAAGAACAGUGGAGAUGCUUUAAAAAAUAUUAUCUACACAGUCUAGCAGCGAAGAAGUGAGUUUUUUGUGUAGUCCCCGUUUAAUUUUGGACUGAUUAAAGUUUAAGACCAAAUAUUGAGUGAAAGUAAUGACUAAGAUUAUCAUAGCGUUUCCAAUUCCCCAUGUUUGUUUUUAUGUUUGGAGCCAAAUCCAAUUUCUGUAUAAACUGAUCAAAAACACAAAAUUUGAUUAUUCAAUUUGAUCCAAUAUAGUUGCGUAACAUGCGUUUCUUUAGGAUUCCUGUCUGCUUCUGCAAACUUAAAGGUCCCAUAUUAUACUUUUUUUUUUACUGAUCUAUGUUAUAAUGUCGUUUCCUCAUCACAAACGGACCUGGAGUUGUGUUUUGUUUCAUUCACACAUGUUUAACACACAAACCCUGUAUAUUGAGAGUUAUUUUCUCAAAUGGAAAACACUGUUCCACCUUGUGAUGUCAUGUGGUAAUACAGGAAGUGCUUCACUGUGUUUGGUAACUCCACACACCUUCACUAGAAUCAUUUGGGUGAGCUCCUGGAAUUGCAAAGGUAGCUCUUAAAUACUAUUAGAUGACAUCACAAGGUGGAGCAGAGCAUUUUGAGCUUUGGAGAUGUAGGCAGACUGAUAAAGAGUUACUCAAACACAUGUGAAUGAAUCAAAACACAACUCCAGGUGUGUUUUAGGUGAGGUAACAUUAUUAUAGCGUGACUCAAAGCUACUAAGAAUCCAUUUUGUGUAACAUCUUAUUGUCAAUCACCUUUAAAUGUGCACUAUCCCUUUAAGAAAACCAACUGUUUUUCUGCAGAUCUGAACCAAGCCAAAGACACACAUGCAGUUUCUCAGUACUGGAACAAACGGUUAAAAUGGGUCUAUUUUGUCUCACACACACAUGCACACACACACACCACUGUACAUUAUGCAAAUCUUAACAUUGCGUCUUAACUUCUGUUUUUUGUGGAAACUCUUUGACUUCACACCAACCAUACUAAAGCAGAGUUACUUGAAGCAUGUAAAUAUAGUGUAAUAGGAACAUUGCAUUGGCAUGAACUCAUCACUUUAAAGGUCCUAUAUUAUGAAUAAAUGGAGUCUAUUUGAACAAACUUAGCAUUGUCUAACUUAAAGAUGUAUUAUGUAACGUUUCCCGUUGAGAGUCCGCCACUUACUGGUCUCCACAAAGAAGUUAAUGCUUUGCCUGAAAAGUUCCGCACUAUGGCAUUAAACAUAUCUUGCUUGCAUUUGUUAAAUUACAUGUGUUCAAAUGGCUAAAGUGAAUACAUUGGAAAUACAUGCAGGCUUGCCUCUACACAGAUAUGACUUGUAACUUGGCCAGCUGGUGCCGAUCGCUUGUUUCCAUGGUGAUAGACGUGGGGACAAGCAGGUGGUGGACGCUCUACCAGAAAAAAAUACAUACUGCAGCUUUAUAAGAAUGUUUAUGUGUAGAAAGCUAAAAAAUAAUUUAUAUUUGUGACGAAACAUCAUAGACAGCAGUUCAGGUUUCUGCUAGAGCUGAAGUAGUUUAACCGCAGUGAUUUAAAAUUGAUUUCUGGAUCACCACUUAAUGACAUCAUGAAGUGGAACCAGAUUUCUGGAAGGAGGACUGCCUUAUUUUGCUAGAUAACAUGUGAGAAUGAAACAAGAUACAACUCCUGGUAUGUUUUUCAUUAAUUGACAUUAUAAUGGUUAAAGGUUCCCACAAUGUAACUGAAGCAUAAUAUAGGACCUUUUUAACACACUUUUGUAUUACAACUUCACCGUUCUUAUUCCCUCUUCAAGAUUUCAUGGGUGGAGUCUCAGCUAAAAGACUUGGCUUGUUAAUAUUGUACUCCUUAAAAUGUAUAUUGAUUGUAAAAUGCCAUCUCAAAUUGGAAAGCGCACAGCCGUAUUGUAUGUAUCCUCUAGGGGUCGCUGUUGAGGUGUUGGUACCUUAAAAAGAUCCAGGUGGAAAAUGGGCCCCGACAUUCUGUGUCCUGUUGUAUGUUAUGGUUAAAAAGCACUGCUGAUAUAAGACGAACUCAAUAAUAAAUGUUUUUACAGAA